AUGAGUGACGAUAACCUUAGAAAUGACAGUUCAAGAAAUCUAGACAUAGAAGAUAAAGAGACAAAAAGUAUGAGAAGGAGUUACCAAGUAAAAGGAGCUCACGAAAAGAGCUACCUUGAUUUAAGUCAAUUAAGAUUUUCUUUAAAAGACAGAGGAAAUUCAGAAAGUUCUGAAUCGGAGAGCAAUGGCGAUAGUAAUCAUUUUCACAGGAGUGUUAGUCAAAUGGUAACAAAUCAUCCUUCAUUAAAUGGUUCUGAAAUAGCAACUUCUCAUUCAAAUGGUAAUAUUACCUCAAGAAUGGAAUUAAUACCAAGACAAGAUGUUAAAUUUAUGAGAAAAUUUGCUAAAUCAUUAAAAACUCCGAAAAUAUUUCAAGGAAGGUAUAAUUUACAAUCAAUAUCGAAUAUAGAUGUAUAUGAAAGAAGAAAUUACGAUCAAAGUAAUUUGACGUGUCUUCCUCCGAGAGGAAGUAAAGAAAUAAACAUGCCUAAAGGCAUUGUGGGUACGGGAAAACCAGAAAAAAAAUACAAAUAUGUUAUGAAAACAUUGAAUCCUAAAAGGCGAGGUUAUUAUUCUGAAACAAUAUCACCUCUUUUGAGACCUGAACGUAUACUUGCUGCAAGACACAAAGAAAUGGAACGUUUUCGUCAAUUUGCUAUAGAAACCGAGGGAGAACAUUUUGAAGGUGACGAAGAAGAUCUUGAUCAUGAUAAGAAAAAGUCGUCAGAUGAUGGUGAUGAAAUAGAAGAAGAAGAACAUCCUAAAAUAAGAAAAGAUUUAUUAAAAGAUUGGCCUCCUAUAUAUAAAGUAUUAAACUUUGAGCCUGUUUUAGCAGAAUUUGAUCUUCCUGUAGCUUACAAAGAACCAAAUAUUGCUGCUAAAGGAAGCAUGCCAAAAUAUGCCAUACAUUUAGAAAAUGUUCCCGCCGUAGCUAAAAGUCGUAACUUUUUACAACCUGAAGAAAAAUGGGCGUUUCCAGUGAAAGCAUUUAGACCGAGAUGUUUUAUUUUACACGUUGUCGAACCAGGAACUCUACCGCGAAAAGUUUACGUCGAAAGAAAAAGACGUUUGUAUUUGUCGCAAAAUAUCGAAGAAUUAUUGGCGGAACAUGGUUUAACAGACGACGAUCUUCUCCCGCCAAAAACCUCAAAAAAUGAAGAUCAAUACAGUUUGUACGGAUCGUCGAGUUUUUUACCAUUGGAAUCAUUUGACGAUGAAGAAUUUGAUCCUUCUGUUGAAGACUGGUUAGCACUUGGAAAAAUAAAUGGAAUACAACAUCCUAUACCGGCAGUUGGUUUCGUACCUGUAUCAUCGCAAAAAUUAAUUAAUUUCGAAAUAGGAAAAGCAUCCAUGAGGUACAUAAGUAAAAAAAGUAGAAUUUUAACAAAUAUGGCCAAAGCUAAAAAACUUAGAAGCGAUGUAGAAGAAUUUCAUUAUUUAUGGAUGGAUGUUGCUGUAACGAGACGAAGACACACGGAAAAAUUAAUUAAAUUUAAUAUUUAUUGCGAUUGCAUGCCUCUUGAGGGUUUGGAUGAAGUUAGUGAAAAAUCAAUGGAAAGAAUUUACAAAAGUAUAACGAGAAAUGGACUUUUAAAAGAUAUUGAAGAAACUUUAAAUUUGUUAAAGGAAGACAUUCAAAUAGAAUACAAAAAAUGUUUAGCAUCUUUGAGCUUUCAAAACAUUAUUGUUAAAUAUCCGGAAACGUUUAAAUUUAUUGAAUUACCAGAAGAAAAAACAGAUAAAGUUCCAGAAAAAUGUCUUGUUGAUACAUCAAUGGCUGAUUUUAAGGGGACAAAAGAAAAAUUUGCUUGGCUAUGGAUUUAUGUUAUAGAUGAAACUUAUUUGGGAAUGAUGCAUGUUGUCACUGCUUGCUUGAAAAUAAGUACAAUGAAUUUUUUCACAGCUAACUAUGGAAAAAGUAUUACUCUAAAAGAAUUCGAUAGCAUACAAACGAGUUGUACAAGUAAUCUAAUAAAAUUUUUGAGAAAAGAGUGGGUUGAUUCUGUUGUGACAAAUGUAAGAAUGUGUCUUCAAGAUGUUGGAAAAGGCUGGUUUAAUAUAAAAGAAAAAUCAUGGCCAAUUUAUGAAUUGUCAAAAUUGAGCAGGUUCAUGGAACUCAUUAAAUUCAGAAUGCAAACCGCUCUCAAAUACUUAGUGCAAAAUUCAAUAAAUUUAUUUUUGAAAAUAAUUGAAACGCCCAGUGCAAUUUGCCAAUCUAUAAUCGACGAAGACUUUGUGUGGGGACCAGACUUAUUAACAACACAAUUCAAACCUGUUAAUUUUCCUAUAUUUACUUUAGCAUUAAACAUUGGUUCAGAUACUCCUUAUUACACCACCAGUCCAGAAUCAUUUGAGGAAAUAUUGAUAAAAUUAUUUGAUAAUUCCAUUGCUCAAAGCCAUACAAUACCAUUGAUUCAUCCAUAUCUUUUAUUGAAUCUCAGAUUUCCAAUGUCUUUUCUUUCUUCCAUUGGAUUAAUGGAUCCCCUUGUUUCGGGAAAACGUGAACUAUUAAGAUCAUUGAUAAGAAAAUCAAUAAUACCAUUAAAAGCUUAUGCUAGAGAAUAUAAACAAUUUGCAGAGCUUUACAAUAUUGAUGUCAGCCUUUACAUGGAAAAAUUAGCUGCUCAAAAUUUACCAGCAAGUGAUUUAAAAGAAGAAAUAUUAAAAAACCAAGAAGAAAGAGAUCGUUUAGAAUUACUUAUCCCAACAAGUAUUACAAUAGGGCCUUACAUAAUUGCAACUGAACUUAUAAGAAACAAUUUGAUGGAAAAACGACAGCUCAUGAUUGAUCAAAUAUUAGUUUAUUUAUCAGAAAGAUUAGACCAACAUGUGAGAGAGGUAAUUGAUGAAUUCGAUGAAAUAAUGAAUAAAAUGUCAGAAAAGCCAACUUCAAUAGAACAUAUAUUUGAAAUAAAAGAAUGGCUUGAAACGGUUCCGACUACCAUCAGAGGAUACGAUGAAGUAAUAAAAAGAAUAAUUAUGGAUUAUGAAAUUUUAGAUCAUUUUAGCUUCGCUUUGGAAAACGAUCAAUUUGAAAAUAAAUAUGCAUUAAUUGGUUGGCCGUAUAAAUUAUAUUCUCAAAUGGAAGCGACAACAGAUUUGCUUGCAGAGGAAACAGAUAAAUUUUACAAAAUUCAACAAGCUGAAGAAGUUCUUUUGUGGGAAAAAUAUGAUUGGUGCGUUAACGAAGUGCAAAAUCUUAUGUUAGUCAACGAUAUAAACAAGAUUCACGACACGGCAGCUCAUGUUAAAAAAGUUUGGAAAGUAUUAAAAGAAAAUCAAGAAUUAGCUGCCGUCCUUGUUAGUAGGCAAAAACUUUUUGGAGUUAAAGUUACUUCAUUUGAUGCUCUCUCUAAAUUGACCAAAGAUUUUGAACCUUAUAAAGAUUUAUGGUUGACAGCUUCUGAAUGGUUGAAACAUUAUGAUACAUGGAUGGAAAAUCCAUUGUCAUCAAUUGAUGGUGAAAGUAUAGAACGCCUUCACUCAGAAAUGUUUAAAACAAUGCAAAAAUGUCAAAGAGUUUUUAUGGAUAGUCCUGAAAAUUAUAAAAUAGCUACUUACAUUAAAAAUGCCAUUGAUGAUUUUAGAACUUACAUACCAAUGAUAGUUGCUUUAAAAAGUCCUGGUUUAAAAAGUAGGCACUGGGAAGAGAUUAUAGCACAAUCUGGUUGUUCAUUUAAAGUCACUGCGAAUUUAACGUUUAAAGAUUGCUUGGAAGUUGGACUUGACCAUCAUGCAGAUCUUUUAAUAAAAAUUUCUGAAACGGCUACAAAAGAACAUGGCAUUGAAGUCUCAUUGGAAGAAAUGGAAAAAGACUGGGAAUCCAUUGAACUGGAUUUACAACCUUAUAAAGAAACUGGUACAUAUAUACUAAAAUUACCCGAUGAAGUACUUCAAAUGUUGGAAGAUCACAUAGUGGCAACUCAACAAUUUUCGUUUAGUCCUUUUAAAGGCUUGUUCGAACAAAGAAUAGACGAAUGGGAAGCAAAACUUCGAUUGAUUUCAGCUGUUUUUGACGAAUGGAUCGAAUGUCAAAAGCAAUGGAUGUAUCUUGAACCGAUAUUUACCAGCGAGGAUAUCUUGCAACAACUUCCACACGAAAGUAAAAAGUAUACAUCAAUGGAAAGAAAUUGGAGAAGAAUAAUGAAAAAUGCAUUUGAUUUACCUAAAGUAAUUUGGUAUUGUCCCGAUAAAAGACUUUUAGAAUCUCUUAAAGAAUGUAAUUUUCUUCUAGAACAAGUUUUUAAAGGUUUAACGGAAUAUUUAGAAGCGAAAAGAACAAUUUUUCCACGAUUGUAUUUUCUUUCCGAUGAUGAAUUAUUAGAAAUAUUGGCUCAUGCAAAAAAUCCUCUGGCUGUCCAACCGCAUUUGAGAAAAUGUUUUGAAAACAUUUAUAAGUUGGACUUUGAAAGCGAUUUAAAAAUAACAAAAAUGUACUCGGCAGAAGGAGAAUGUGUUCCUUUAGUAGAACACCUUUAUCCAAAAGGUGGAGUCGAAUAUUGGCUUUAUUUGGUUGAGGAAGCCAUGAAAACUACGAUUCGAGUAACGAUGGGAAAAUCUUUAGUCAAUUUAACUCAAAUCGAUAGAAAUAAAUGGGUUUUAAGUUGGCCCGGUCAAAUUGUCAUUGCCGGAAGUCAAAUUUAUUGGACUGCUCACGUAGAAGAAGCAAUCAUUGAAAACACUCUUCCGAAUUAUAUUCAGUUAAUUUUAGGCCAAUUGGAUGGAUUGAGAACUUUGGUCAAAGGUCCUUUAAAAAGAGUCGAAAGGCAAAUUUUAUCAGCAUUGAUCGUCAUAGAAGUUCAUGCCAGAGACGUAACGCAACAGAUUUUUGAAAAUAAAGUGAAAAACGUAAAUGAUUUUGAUUGGAUUAGUCAAUUACGAUAUUAUUGGGUUAAUGACUCAGAUUUAAAAGUAAGAGCCGUAAAUGCUGAAUUUCAAUAUGGCUAUGAAUAUCUGGGAAACAGCGGAAGGCUGGUUAUAACCCCUUUGACGGACAGAUGUUAUUUAACACUUACAGGAGCUUUGCAUUUAAAAUUUGGUGGAGCACCUGCUGGACCGGCUGGAACUGGUAAAACGGAAACAACCAAAGAUUUAGCUAAAGCUUUUGCUAUUCAAUGCGUUGUUUUCAAUUGUUCGGAUCAAUUAGAUUUUAUGGCGAUGGGAAAAUUUUUUAAAGGAUUAGCAAGUUCGGGAGCAUGGGCUUGCUUUGACGAAUUCAACAGAAUCGACAUUGAAGUACUUUCCGUAAUUGCUCAGCAAGUUGUUACCAUUCAAAAAGCACAAAUUCACAGACUCGAUAGAUUUUUGUUUGAAGGAGUUGAAAUAGUUCUUAAACCUUCAUGCGCAGUUUUUAUAACAAUGAAUCCGGGAUACGCAGGACGUACCGAACUUCCCGAUAAUUUGAAAGCAUUAUUUCGUCCGGUUGCGAUGAUGGUGCCCAAUUACACACUUAUUGCUGAAAUAUCUUUAUUUUCAUUUGGAUUUAGUGACGCUAAAGAACUUGCAGGAAAAAUCACAACAACUUUUAAACUUAGUUCUGAACAACUCAGUUCUCAGGAUCAUUAUGAUUUUGGUAUGAGAGCUGUGAAAACGGUUAUUGCAGUUGCAGGAAAUCUAAAAAGAGAACAACCUGAAAUGGACGAACGACAAAUCGUUUUAAGAGCAUUGAAAGACGUCAACGUUCCAAAAUUUUUAAGGGAUGAUUUAAAACUAUUUAACGGUAUAAUUAGCGAUUUGUUUCCAAGAAUGGUUGAAGAUGCUGUUGAUUAUGGCGGUCUCGAAGAAUCCAUACGUUUUUGUAUACAAAAUCUUAUACUUGAAGAUGUUGAUGAAUAUGUUAAAAAAGUAAUUCAACUUUACGAAACAACCAUCGUACGACAUGGAUUAAUGAUAGUAGGUCCAUCCGGAUCAGGUAAAACUAAAUGUUAUGAAAUAUUAAAAGCAGCCAUGACAAAACUUCAGGGAAAACCUUCUCCCAGUGGUAAUCCUUUUGAAGAAGUUCACACAUAUGUUCUUAAUCCUAAAUCGAUAACAAUGGGUCAACUUUAUGGAGAAUUCGAUUUGAUGACACACGAAUGGACGGAUGGAAUUUUACCCAGUUUAGUAAGAAUCGGUACGGCUGCUGAAAAUUUAGAUAAGCACUGGUAUAUUUUCGACGGUCCAGUCGAUGCCAUUUGGAUCGAAAAUAUGAACAGCGUUUUGGACGAUAAUAAAAAAUUAUGUUUGACAAGCGGAGAAAUAAUUAAAUUAACCGAAGCGCAAACAAUGAUGUUCGAAGUGGCCGAUUUGGCAGUGGCUUCACCGGCUACCGUAUCAAGAUGUGGAAUGGUAUAUUUAGAACCUGGAAUAUUAGGUCUUGAACCUUUUAUUAAUUGUUGGUUUAAAAAACUUCCGAAGCACGCGGAACCACUAAUAGAAUCUAUGCGUACUGCUUUUAAUCAAUAUUUAUUUCCGGCAUUGGAUAUUUUAAGAAAUAAAUUGAGAGAAAUAGUGACAUCAAUUAAUUCAUCGAUCGUUUUUACUUUUCUCGAUCACAUGAAUAUAAGAUUUAGACCUUUGACUAAUCCCGAUGGAAAACCUUUGCCUCAAAAACAAUUUCUAGCGACUUUACCAAAUCUCGUUGUGCCCUUCGUAAUAUAUUCUUUAAUUUGGAGUGUCGGAGCAACUUGCGAUAAUAUGGGCAGAGUCAUUUUUUCUGAUUGGGUUAGGGAAAGAAUGAAGGAAUAUCAACACGAACCUGUUUUCCCAUCGCUUGGAUUGGUGUACGAUUACAGGCUUCACGAUGGAGGAUUUUCAGAUCCGAUUGAAGAAAGUGAACCUAUUCCUCCUUACUGGAUACAUUGGAUGGCCGGAGUUGAAUCUUUUGUUGUUGCACCUGAAACAAAAUACACAGACAUUGAAGUUCCAACCAUAGAUAAUAUAAGAAAUUCUUGGCAAUUGGGUUUGUUACUUAAUUCUUAUAAUAAUGUAAUAUGCAUCGGACCAACGGGUACUGGUAAAACAUUAACCGUCGCUGCUAAACUAGCAAGAGGAAUGCAUAAGAAAUUUAUUAGCGAUUUCAUCGUAUUCUCUGCGAGAACAUCGGCCAAACAAACCCAAGACGUAAUCGAUUCGAAAUUAGACAAGCGUCGAAGAAAUGUUUACGGUCCUCCACCUAAUAAAAGACAAAUAUUUUUUAUCGAUGAUUUAAACAUGCCAGCUUUGGAAACUUUCGGUGCUCAACCACCGAUUGAAUUAUUACGUCAAUGGAUGGAUUUUGGCGGUUGGUACGAUCACAAAGAAAUCGGAACUUUUAGAUCAAUUAUCGAUACUAAUUUUGUGGCUGCAAUGGGACCUCCAGGAGGUGGUAGAAAUCCCAUAACCCCUCGUUUAUUGAGACAUUUUAAAUAUCUUGCCUUUACCGAAUUAGAAGAUGAUAGCAAAAUGGUUAUUUUUGGAUCUAUCGUUGAUUCUUGGUUAAGUCGAACUUCAUCUCUUCAACAUUUAACAAAUAAAUUAGUUGAGGAAACGAUAUACGUUUAUAAAACGGUUUUAACCGUCAUGUUACCGACUCCCGCCAAAACUCAUUACACGUUUAACUUACGUGAUUUGAGCAAAGUAUUUCAAGGGAUAUUAAUGGUGGAUCCUAGAACGAUCAAUGACUUAUCCGAUCUUUUGAAUUUAUGGUAUCACGAAAACUGUAGAGUUUUCCAAGAUAGACUCGUUAAUAAUAUGGAUCAAAAUUGGUUUGAUGAUCUUUUAAAAAAAGUCAUAACCGAUUAUUUUUCGGCUGAUGAAAAAACAGUUUUAGGUACGGAAAUGGUUAUUUAUACGGAUUGUUGUAGCGAUACAAGAAAUUACGAAAGGAUAACAGAUUUAACAAAGUUACAAAGUGUCAUAGAGGAAGGUUUGGAAGAUUAUAACUCCAGAUCGACGGCACCCAUGAAAUUAGUUCUUUUUCUGGAUGCUCUUUCUCACAUGUGUAAAAUAUCAAGAAUAAUAAGGCAACCUUUGGGAAAUGCAUUACUUUUAGGAAUGGGAGGCUCGGGACGUCAGAGUUUAUCCAAAUUAGCUGCACAUAUGAGCGAAUUACUUUUCUUUCAAAUAGAACUUAGUAAAAAUUACGGGAUGACCGAUUGGAAAGAUGAUAUUAAAAAUUUAUUGAUUCGAUCUGGAAUUGAAAACAGAGAAUUAGUUUUUUUAUUUUCCGAUACGCAAAUCAAGAUGGAAUCAUUUCUCGAAGAUCUUAACAGCAUUCUUAAUUCCGGAGACGUACCGAACAUUUACACAUCGGAUGAAUUGGAUAAAAUCUACGUGGCAAUGAGGAUUCCCGUACAAGAAUCUGGAUUACAAUCGACUAAAUCAAAUAUGUUUGGAAUGUAUUGUAGAUAUAUAAGAUCAAAUCUUCAUUGUGUUUUAACAAUGAGUCCCAUCGGUGAAGUAUUUCGAGCUAGACUUCGUAUGUUUCCUGCUUUGGUAAAUUGUUGCACAAUCGAUUGGUUUUUUCCUUGGCCCAAUUCAGCCCUACAAUCUGUCGCUUUACGUUUUCUCAAAGAAGUUUCGGAUUUGGAAGUCAGCGAUUCGAUACUCGAUGGUAUAGUAGACACAUGUCAAUUCAUGCAUUCAAGUGUUAUAAAAAUGAGCCAACAGUAUUUAGCUCAAUUAGACCGGCACAAUUACGUGACUCCCACGCUUUAUCUCGAAUUAUUAUCAAGUUAUUCUCUUUUAUUAAAAAAGAAAAAAAAUGAUUUAUUAUCCGCGAUAAAAAGGCUUCAAACAGGUUUAAAAAAAAUGGAAACAACUGCUAAAGAAGUUAAAGUUUUAGAAGGGGAAUUAUUCAAGUUAAAACCUCAUUUAGAUGAAGCUGCAAAAGAAGCUGCUGCAAUGAUGGAAAAAAUAACCGCGGAUACGGAAAUUGCCGAAGAAACUAAAUCGAAAGUUGCUAUUGAUGAAGCACUCGCAAGUAAAGUUAAAGAAGAAGCUCAAAUACUUUCGGAUGAUGCACAAAAAGAUUUAAAUGAAGCUUUACCUGCACUAGAAGCGGCAGAAAAAAGUCUGCAGGCAUUAAAUAAAGGAGAUAUAGGAGAAGUUAAAGCAUUGAAAACACCACCUGUUGGUGUUAUAACGGUUCCCGGUGAAAUUUAUGGCACUAAAAUAAACGAUUAUUGGGAACCUGGUAAAAAAAUGAUGGCCGACGCUGGUCAAUUUUUAGCAUCACUUCUUCAUUUCGAUAAAGAUUCAAUAACCGAAGAUAUGAUUUUAAAAUUAGAACCGUAUAUAAAAAAUCCUAAUUUUCAACCUUCGAAAAUAAUAAAAGUAUCAAAAGCAUGCACGUCUCUUUGUAUGUGGGUUCAUGCUAUGUACAAAUAUUAUUUCAUUAAUCAAAUUGUAGCACCUAAAAAAGCAGCUUUGAAAGUAGCAAAUGAAAAAUUAGCAGAAGUGCAAAAAGUUUUGGAUAAAACAAAAGCAAAAAUGGCUGAGAUUCUUAAAGGUUUGGCAGAACUUGAAAAAAAAUUCAAAGAAACCGAACAAAAAAAAGCAGUACUCGAAAACAGUACAAAACUUUGCGAAGAUAGAAUGGAUCGAGCUUUUCGAUUAAUACACGGAUUAGCCGAUGAAAAAGAUAGAUGGAUUCAUACGGUUGAAAAGUAUAAAAGUGGAUUAGAUAAUAUAAUAGGAGAUAUAUUAAUUUGCUCUGGUUCCAUUGCGUAUUUGGCUCCGUUUACGGAUUAUUAUAGAAGAAAAUUAUUAAAAUUAUGGACGAAUCAAAUAUCUGAUAAAAACAUACCCCAUACAUUAAAAUGUGAUCCCGUUUCCAUUUUGGGAGAUCCCAUUUUAAUACGUCAGUGGCAAAUCUAUGGACUCCCGAGAGAUUUUUUAAGUAUUGAAAAUGGUGUUCUUGUGGCUAAUUCGAAACGUUGGCCACUUUUUAUCGAUCCUCAGGGUCAGGCAAACAAAUGGAUUAAAAACAUGGGAAAAGAACAUGGAAUAACAAUAUCGAAAUUAUCGGAUAAGGAUUUAGUAAGAACUUUAGAAGCUUCUAUAAGAUUUGGUAAACCUUGUUUGAUCGAAAACGUCGGUACGGAAUUAGAUCCAGCUUUGGAUUCUGUUUUAUUGCGUCAAGUAUUUAAACAAGCUGGAACUUGGGUUCUUAAAUUGGGUGACACAAUCAUUCCAUAUAAUAAUGACUUUAGGUUAUACUUGACGACAAAAUUAGCGAAUCCACACUACGCUCCAGAAGUUUUUAUUAAAGUCCUUUUGAUAAAUUUUGCUUUAGUUCCAAGCGGGCUUCAAGAUCAAUUGUUAGCACUUGUAGUCAUGCAAGAACGUCCCGAUCUGGAAGAAGCUAGGAGUAUGUUGGUUGUAAGCAGUGCACAAAUGAAUCAAGAAUUACAAGAAAUCGAAGAUAGAAUUUUAUACAAGUUGAGCGUAUCGGAGGGUUCACCGGUGGAUGAUGUUGAUUUGAUACAAACUUUAGAAGCAUCAAAAUUAAAAUCUGAAGAAAUCAAGCAAAAAGUUCAAGCAGCCGAAAUAACUCAAACUGAAAUUGAUAAUACGAGGGCAUUGUAUAUUCCAGUAGCAAAUAGAGCUCAAAUUUUAUUUUUUUGUUUGGUUGACAUGUCAAAUAUUGAUCCCAUGUAUCAAUACUCGAUGGAUUGGUUCGUUAACAUAUUUAUCAAUAGCAUGGCAAACACGGAAAAAACAGGAGAAAUUAAAACGAGACUCGAAACAAUAAACGAUUAUUUUACAUUUUCAUUAUAUGCAAACGUUUGCAGAAGCUUAUUCGAAAAAGAUAAACUUUUAUUUGCGUUUCUUGUAUGCGUUAGAAUUUUAAUCGAUUCGAAUAAUAUCAAUCCGGAAGAAUAUCAAUUUUUGCUGGCUGGAGGCGUUGCUAAAAAAAAAUACAACAAUCCAGCUCCCAAUUGGAUAACGGAACGAGCCUGGAUUGAAAUAACAUCACUUGAUAAUCUUCCCUCGUUCGAACGUCUCGUCAACGAAUUUAGUUCGAGUGUUGAUGGCUUUAAAAAUAUUUACGAUUCCGUAGAGCCUCACAGGCAUAGUUAUCCGCAACCGUGGAACACUGAACUUACCAUGUUUCAAAAAAUAAUUUUUUUAAAAUGUUUGAGACCGGAUAAAGUUAGAAAUGCCAUGCAAGAUUUUUUAUCUGUAAAACUCGGUCAACAAUUUAUUGAACCUGUAACAAGUGAUUUGCAAUCAAUGUACAAAGAAUCCACUCCUUUUAAUCCUUUAAUAUUUGUUUUAUCUGCCGGUACUGAUCCAGCUGCUGAAUUAAACAAAUUUGCCGACAGGAUGAAAAUGUCAAAAAGAUUCGAAACUAUUUCACUGGGUCAAGGUCAAGGUCCGAUAGCAGAAAGAAUGAUGGUUAACGCCAUGGAUUCUGGAUCUUGGGUUUAUUUUCAAAAUUGUCAUUUAGCUCCCAGUUGGAUGCCUAAAAUGGAACGAUUAAUAGAAAGUAUUAAUCCAGAAUCUGUUCAUAAAGAAUUUCGUCUUUGGUUAACGUCGACUCCAUCACCUCAUUUUCCAGUUUCCAUUUUGCAAAAUGGUAGUAAAAUGACCGUGGAACCUCCUCGAGGAAUCAAAGCGAAUCUAUUAAAAGCUUAUUUAAAUCAAGUACCAGAAUUUGCGGAAUUUUUCCAUUCGGAACAUCAAAAAGCGCAAAUUUUCAAAUGGCUUUUAUUCUCUCUCUGUCUCUUUCAUGGAGUCUGUUUAGAGAGGAGGAAAUUUGGUCCACUCGGUUUUAAUAUACCAUACGAAUUCACAGAUGGCGAUUUAAGAAUAUGCGUUUCACAAUUAUAUAUGUUUCUAAGAGAAUAUGCCGACAUUCCAUUUAAAGUAUUAAUUUAUACGGCGGGUCAAAUAAAUUACGGAGGCCGUGUCACUGACGAUUGGGAUAGAAGAUGCAUUAUGAAUAUGUUGACAGAUUAUUACAACAUCAAAGUUUGCUCUUCCGAUCAUUAUUUCGACGACAAAAAAAUUUACCAUCAACUUUCAACUGAGGCAAACCUAAAUGAUCAUUUAACCUACGUCAAAGGCCUACCACUGAAUGAUGAUCCUUCUCUAUUUGGUCUUCAUGCCAAUGCCGACAUCAGCUGUGCACUUGCAGAAACAUCUAAAGCAUUGUCAACUUUGCUCUCAAUUCAACCGAAACUUUCAGUUAGUGAGGCUUCUAGUCAAGAAGAAGUUACCGGAAAAAUGGCAAAGAUAAUUUUAAGUAAAAUUCCUGGUAAAAUAGAUCUACAAUUAGCUCUUGCAAAGUAUCCAGUCCUGUAUGAGGAAUCACUAAACACUGUUUUAACGCAAGAAAUAAUAAGAUACAAUAAACUUUUAAAUGUGAUUCAAACGACUUUAAAAGACCUUUUGAAAGCAUUAAAAGGUUUGGUUGUCAUGUCAGCCACAUUGGAAGAAAUGUCUUUAAGUAUUUUUAAUCAAAAAGUACCCACAGCUUGGAGUUCUAAAGCUUAUCCAUCAUUAAAACCUUUAAGUGCUUGGGUAAAUGAUUUAGACAAAAGGAUAAAUUUCAUACAAAAAUGGAUAAACGAAGGAAUUCCUCCGGCAUUUUGGAUUUCCGGUUUUUUUUUCCCACAAGCAUUUUUAACCGGAACGUUACAAAAUUUCGCGCGAAAAUACAUAAUAUCAAUCGAUGUGAUAUCGUUUAGUUUUCAGAUAAUGGUAGCUCCUCCUACGAAAAGACCAGACGAUGGUUGUUGUAUUUACGGACUUUUCAUAGAAGGCGCACGAUUUGAUAAACAUUUGAAUCGGUUGAUGGAAUCUAAACCCAAAGAACUACACACUGAAAUGCCUUAUAUUUGGUUAAUCCCUAAAGAAAAUUAUUCUCUUCCCCUUACCGGAAUAUACGAAUGUCCCGUUUAUAAAACAUUAACAAGAGCGGGUACCUUAUCCACAACCGGUCAUUCAACCAAUUACGUUUUAGCUAUUGCUAUCCCCACAGAUAAAACACAAAGCCAUUGGAUUAAACGGGGAGUCGCAUUGAUUUGUGCAUUAGAUUAUUAA